CCGCACAUCCAGUCUGGCAUUAGACACACGAUCUCCUUGCUAAAUCAGUCUCUCCGAAGAACGGAGUACUCUUCUCCUUAUCAUCCUUGACCUGAGCAUGGAGCCAGGCAUCAGAUGCAGGUUCGCCAAGCUGAAUCAAGUCUCUCCGAAGUACGGAGUACUGUCAAUCCUCAUCACAUUAGGUAUCCUUCUCCGUUACGGUAUCUGCUCCAUUCAAAAAGGCCUGCCUAGAUCGCUGAGGCGUAACUGUCUGAGUCAACCACCAGGCAUGGGCGUACAGGCUCAGUCUAGUUUCUUCAGCUGAAAUUCUAUGAGCGAUUUGCUAAGUCGCUAUAUUCUAGUCUAUGCAUCUGC